AGGAGGACACAGGCACUCAAAACCCUGUCUGUGCUCGGUGUAUUAGGCAGCCAGUGCUCUUGGCUGGGAGCCCAGGCGAGGCUUUUGUAAUCAAAACAUGAUCUUGUAUGCUGUGCAACCAGUGCUGAGAAAGGCCGUCUGAUGGCUCUCCUCUUUUAGCUCUGCUCUGGAAUCCGCCGGGCUUCGCCACCGAUGUCCAACAUGCACCGAGCUGAUGCCACUGUGGAUGAUGCAGUGUUAAGAAAGAAAGAGCAGAAAGAUGUUGAACUUGACAAGAAAAUCUUGGCAUUGCGCAAGAAGAACGAAGCACUCAUCCGCAGGUACCAGGAGAUAGAAGAGGACAAAAAGCGAGCUGAGCAGGAGGGAAUGGCUGUCACCUCCCGGAGGCCCAAGCAGGACGGACUCACUAUUACCAUCACCAAAGCUCAUAACGACCUGAAAGAUGCAAUUACCCAGACUGAACACUAUGGACAAGAUAGCCCAGCCCUCUCAAUGGACAAAAGGGUGGUGAGCGAGAAAUGGGCAAGCCCCUGUCCUACAAGCCCUGGGUUUGGCAUUGGCAGUGAGGAAGAGGAGGAGGAGGGGGAAGCAGAUCAUAUGUUCACAUUCAGGAUGGGGAAGAGGAUGCAGCUGGCUGUUACCAUGGACAACAAAGCCAAGGGCAAGCGGAUCGUCAGUGAGAAACGCCCCGAGAGCUUCCCCGGCCCGGGCAGAGUUCCAGACCUGAGCGAGGAAGAGACAGACCAUUUGGUUGCUUUCCGACGGGGGAGGAGGGUGCAGAUUGCCAUCACCAUGGAUAACAAGGAAAAGGCAGAGGAGAGGAGAACAGCAGAGAAGAGGAGAUCAGACAGCGACAGAGGCCCAGAAAGUGAGCAUGGCCGGAAGGAUGGUGGGAAGUCAUUCCAGAAGAUCCCUGGAGACCUGAGUUUCCCCAUGACUGGCCGGGAACGCUCAGAGUACAUACGCUGGAAAAGGGAGCGAGAUCAGAUUGACCUGGAACGACUGGCACGUCACAAGAACGCGAAGGGCGAGUGGCGACGGGCUUGGGAUGUGGAGAAGUCGGAGCACAUGUUUGAAGAGGACUUUGUUAAGGAUGGGGAGCCAGCCUUGGAUAAUCCCAGCAAUAAGAAAGGGGGAAGAAACGCAAGGAAAUUGCAGCACAAGUCCUUUCCUCCCGACGGGAGAGGUGGAGGACAACAUGGAGUGAACGUGAGCGAUCCUGGUUCGAAGGCUGUACCCGCUGUGAGCAGCCGAGCGAAGGGAAAGGACAGACUGACUGGCAGAGCCAGAAGAUGGGAUGCAAGAGAAGGCGAGGACAUGUUGUUUCUGAAGGAUGACCCUGACGGUUCUAGGAGCCUCGGUACAGACAAGCGGAAGAGCAGAGGUGAGGAGGGGCUGGAAGAGAACUGCACAGCUGAGCUGGAGAAGGUGAAACAGCCAAGCCCUCAAGAUCACGGGGCCUCCUCAUCACAAAGGCUUCGAAGUGGAAAGGUCCAGUCUGCCCAGAAUGGCCAGAAGGACGAGCAGAGAGGAGUGAAAGGCUUCAGCACGGAGGUGUCUGUGGGUGGCACAGCGGACUCGGAGCCAGGGCCCAAGCCGAGUACGGGAGGCAUUGGGGAAGAUGCCAGUGGGAAGCCUAGCAUCUCUCAGGAGGAAAGAGCUGACAUCUCUCAGGAGGAGAGCGCCAACAGCACCGCUGCACCGAGCAGCCUUCCAGGCACUGCACAAGCCACCAGUAGUGAGGAGAUCUUGGCAUCACCCAUGGGAGCAAACGUAGAUGCAACUGGUUUAGAGAAAACCACUACUUCAGAGCAGGAGUCUGCUGAGAUCUGGUCUCAUGGCCAUGGAGGAAAACUUGACACAGCAGCAGGAGGGGGACUGGAUUCAGGUGAAGGAGAGCUGGUGAGAAAGAGAGGGGAAGAAGUGACCCACGACACAACCCUUCAAGGGCAAACACUUCCGCUGAAAGGAGGUGAAGAUGCUGUAGGCGCUGAACACAGAGGAGAGCCUUUGCCCCCAGAGAAAGCCGACUGCGACAAAACUGUUGUGUCUGAGCAGGACACGGGAAAAUCACAGUCCAGGGAAGGGGACCACCCUGAGGAUUGUAAGGACAAGGACAGUGGGGACGCUCUCAACUAGCAAAGAUGGUACCGGCUUGCCUGAGACGGAAGGAUAACACGCUGGAGGCAGUGGAUGAGAAGAGGAGCGCAGGCUUGUCCUCACUCUUUGACCUUCAAUGAAAUCAGCUUUCAGCACCGUUCACAGCAUGUGGGGCCCCCCCUCACCGCCCCCACUCCCAGGUUUGGCAUUGCCCUUCCCUAUUGGUGUGCCAAAGGGCAGGGAAGGCUGCACAUACUCCCAUCCUACAACAAAACCACCAUCACUUCUCUUUUCUGUUUGUUUUGCCUAUCUCGCAGCUGUGUGGCAAGCCAAGGAAACGCCUACUGGAUGCACUUUAUUUUAUUUAAUAACUAAUUCUGGUUAAAGUUGAGAUUUAGGUUUCUGGGCACCCUCCCGUUUCCUCCCUAGGAAGGGAACCGCAUGUGCCAGGAGGAUGGCUGGGGCUGGGCGAGCUCUCCCUCGCUGCCAGGCAGGGGGUGGGUGACAGACAGAGCAGAGGGAGAUAGGGUGAGAGGCGUUGCUUAGUAGGUGGAUGGAAAAGUAGCAUUCGGUACUAGAGGUUCAUACGUGGUUGAAGGUUUGGCAAAGGUGUAUGGUGGGCGCAUGGAUCAAGGGCACAAAGCGGAUGGAGUAUCCUUGAGUUGUGAUGUGGAGCAAAGGGGUUUUUGACAAGCACACACUGACCGUGGCAUCUCAUCCUUUAAAAGCUGGCUCUCCUCCUCCUGUGGGAUGGAGUGGGGUGCAAGCAGCAGAGCCUGUGGUGGCACAGCAGGAGAGGCUUGUUUGUAAAGAAGGUAGCUGCUAGGCUGAGCAGGUACAUCCACAGGUCAGCCAAGCACAAUGCCUUCUUCGUAGCAGCAGGAAGGCUACAGCAACUGGAGAUACGCAGGGCGAGGAGGACAGCACAGAUGCAAUAACCUUCCUUCUCCACCAUGCUGCACCAAGGACCCAGGCCAGAUUGGAGUUGGGGGUCUAAGGUUUCCUACACCUUCCUGGUUGUGUCUUUCACAGCCUUGUGCUGGGAUAAGAGCAGCAGCUCCCUUGGAAGCUGCUAUGCAGGCGUUUUGGCCUGGCCUUAAAAGCCACCUUACAAUUAGAGGAUCUGGACGAGCAUUUUCGAGCAUAAAUAUGCAAGAAUCCCAGCAGUUUGGAUUCACAAGCACUAAGAGAUUCACAGCAAACCAGGCCCUAGGUGAAAUACGGGGUAAGGAGGAGGCAGAACACAGGUGAAAGGAAUAACACGGCAUAGUUCCUGACUUCCGAAUGCAGAGCAAAGAGGGGAUCACCCUCAUUUUGCAGCGCUGCUCUACAACGCGAUUCAGGAGCAACCAUACAUGCAGACACAUAUGCGUGGAAAUGUGUUGGACUUUGCUGUGGAAUGCAUUGGCAACUGAAACAACAGCUGCCUCGGUGGCGAGGUUGGCACGUGUGGGCUGAGAUACUGUCCGCUGCUCUAAUAAACUAGUGUUUGCACAGAUACGCACUUUGGUUUUCCACCUAACUUAGAUCCACAGCACCCAUCUCAUGAACAAGAAGCCUGGGAACUUCCUCUACAUGCCAUAUUCAGGAGGCUUCAUUGGUGUCAGACCUGUCAUUAGUGAGAAACAAAGCAUGCAGCUUUUGUGCCUUGUUAGCAGAAACAUCUCCAUCCAGCCUGCGUUUAUUUGAGCUUAUCCAGCAGAUAAAAGAACAAAACAGAUAAAAGCCAGACUGUGAAACUGCUCUGCUCCUGGAGGUUCUCCAUCACUGCUAAAGGCUGAUUUUCCUGAUCUGAUAGGUUCAAAAACCUGCUUACAAUUGUUCAAUUGUUUAAUUUAUUAUUAAUUGUAUCACAUCAGGUCACUGACCUCAGUCUUGGCCCAGGCAGAGUCAUUCCCAAUGCAUCCCAGGAACCGGCUGGCCUCACGUUCCACCCAAACGCUGUCUCAGCUCAGAGCCAAUUCCAUUCCCAGAGCAGCCAGGACCUUCAGCAUUGCCCUGAUCCAGCCCUCAGGUGCAGAGAGAAAAACCCAACUGCAGUCUCUGCUGUAUCUUAACCUUUUUGAAUGUAAAACCACCCCUUUUCACCCAUCCCCUCCUUUUUCUCCUGCAAAUCCAAGUAACUUGGCCUUUAACGAUGCCAGGAAGGACUGGGUCUGUGCCGCGCCAGGGAGGGGAGGGUACGGGGAGUGCCUGUUCUCAGUGUAAUUUUCCCUGCUCAUUAACACUCGGCUCGAAUGCACUUUGGUUGGUGCCUGGAUUGCAAUUUUCAGAACACUGUGGCUGGCUGUUUCUUCUUUACAGUGAGAUAAAAGACUGAGAAGUUGAAAAAGCUGAUGUAGAGGGAUUAUUUAUAUGAAAUAAAAGUUGUAAUGGGAAAAAAAGCUCCGGUUCCUCA